UUGCGCAGCACGCGAAGAAGAGGAAGACGACUGGCGCAGCGCUGCUAACUAGCCAGCUAGCUAGCCAACCUGGGUUGCUCAUCAUGGCUGCCUCCAAGCCAGUCGAGCCACAGUCCGGCACCGGCCUCCCCCGUUGGCAGCUGGCUCUGCUGGUCGGCGCCCCCAUCGUGCUCGGGGUGGGAGCCGUGUACCUGUGGAACCGCAGCAGGGCGACGGGACGGCCGGGGAAAGGCAGCGGCGAGCGGAUAACACCAGAAGGCAGCGCCAGUCCGGAGCAGGGCCAAGACGGCGCCUCGCGAGCCAACCGGGAGCCGGAGAACUUGAGUCCUUUGGAUCGGGCCCAAGCAGCAAAGAACAAAGGCAACAAAUACUUCAAGGCAGCCAAGUACGAAAACGCCAUCCAGUGUUACACCGAGGCCAUCGCGCUCUGCCCCUCCGAGCAGAAGAGCGACCUGUCGACAUUCUACCAGAACCGAGCAGCGGCCUACGAGCAGCAGAUGAAAUGGACCGAGGUGGUGCAAGACUGCUCGCAGGCGGUAAAGCUCAACCCACGCUAUGUCAAGGCUCUCUUCAGGAGGGCCAAAGCUCUGGAGAAACUGGACAACAAGAAGGAGUGCUUGGAAGAUGUCACUGCUGUGUGUAUCCUGGAAGCCUUCCAGAACCAGCAGAGUAUGCUGCUGGCGGACAAAGUGCUCAAGCAGCUAGGAAAGGAGAAGGCCAAAAACAAAUACAAGAACCGCGAGCCGAUGAUGCCAUCUCCCCAGUUCAUCAAGUCCUACUUCGGCUCUUUCACUGAUGACAUCAUCUCGCAGCCGCUGCAGAAGGGCGAGAAGAAGGACGAGGACAAGGACAAGGAGGGCGAGGCCUCUGAGGUCACAGCGAGCUCGGGCUACCUGAAGGCCAAGCACUACAUGGAGGAGGAGAACUACGACAAGAUCAUUAGCGAGUGCACCAAGGAGGUGGACUCGGAGGGCCGCUACACCGCCGAGGCGCUGCUUCUGCGCGCCACCUUCUACCUGUUGAUCGGCAACGCCACCGCCGCUCAACCCGACUUGGACCGCGUCAUCAACAUGCAGGAGGCCAACGUCAAGCUGCGAGCCAACGCUCUCAUCAAGCGCGGGAGCAUGUACAUGCAGCAACAGCAGCCCAUGCUCUCCACGCAAGACUUCAACAUGGCGGCGGAGAUUGACACCCGCAACCCUGACGUGUACCACCACAGGGGGCAGCUGAAGAUCCUGCUGGACCAGGUAGACGAGGCUGUGGGGGACUUUGACGAGUGCAUCCUGCUCAGGCCCGACUCUGCUCUCGCCCAGGCACAGAAAUGCUUCGCUCUAUACAGGCAAGCGUACACUGGCAACAACCCAUCACAAGUCCAGAUCGCCAUGGACGGCUUCGAGGACGUUAUCAGAAGGUUCCCCAAGUGUGCUGAGGGCUACGCACUAUACGCUCAGGCUUUGACCGAUCAGCAGCAGUUCGGAAAGGCAGACGAGAUGUACGACAAGUGUAUUGAACUGGAAGCAGACAACGCCACUACAUAUGUCCACAAGGGUUUAUUACAGCUCCAGUGGAAGCAAGACCUGGACCUGGGUCUGGACCUCAUCAGCAAGGCCAUCGAGAUUGACAACAAAUGCGACUUUGCCUACGAAACAAUGGGAACAAUCGAAGUUCAAAGGGGCAAUUUGGACAAAGCGAUAGAGAUGUUCAACAAGGCCAUCAAUUUAGCCAAGUCGGAGAUGGAGAUGGCGCACUUGUACUCGCUGUGCGACGCGGCGUAUGCCCAGACGGAGGUCGCCAGGAAGUACGGCCUCAAGCCCCCGACGCUCUAACUCAUCUGCCAAUCUGAGGGGUGGUCUUUCUCAAACUCUCAUGUUCAACUCUGCAUCCGUUUUUUUUAAGUGAGGGGUGGGGGGGGAUGCUGGAUUAUAAUGUAAAAAAUCUAAUUAUACUAAGGAUGAGCCCUCCCGCAGAUAUAAACAGCAUCGUGUUUACGUUGUAUUUGAAAAAGGGUUUGGAAUGCUUAGUUUUCCUUUCACAAUGUGUCACACAGGAAUGCUUUUACACACAUAAUUCAAAACUGGACUUGUGACCGGUUUUUGGAGUCGACAGACAAUACUGUGAGAGUUAGUUCUACUAUCAAGUGUUUUGUUUCAUUAUUCACCAUCAGUUGUGAUUCAAAACCAUAUAGCCAAAUGUGUAGUAUCUGUUUGUAAUGCUGGGUUUAAUUCAUGGAUAAAGGGCCUGUAUGUGAAAGAUUGCUGAUUAAUUUGGAAGCAGGGAGUUUUUUUUGUUUUGUUUUCUUAAAGCAUUGAAUUGCCAGUUUUUUGUUUUUUCUUUUUCUACAUUUUGUGCAGCAUAACGUUUUCAUGUAAAUGUAACGCCUGCGCUGUUUGAACACCGUAGGAGUAUCUUUGUUAUCAGGCUGUCCCAAAUGCCUCCUUUUUGUAGCACUUAGAUUGCUAACACAAUCUCAGUUGUACAAUUUAUUUACUUUUUGGGGCGGGGCGGGGGGCAGAUCAAAACCGGGUUUAUUUCCUGUUCACUUAUGGGUGGUCCUUCUUUUAAACUUGUUACCUGAGCCUUUUUUUCCCCCAUUGUUUCUCAAUUGACAGGCAGGCACAAACCUCUUAGGAAUUGUCAACGUUUUGAGACCCCCACUUUGAUUUUGACUGACAAAUUCCACUGACUGACAUUCUUCAUCGGUAUCUAUGGUGACCAAAGUGAAAAUAGAAUUUGAAUCCUAAUAAAGUUCUGAUUACUGGAAAGAC